AUCACUACAGUAUACAACUGCAUCUUCUAGGGUUAACUUUAUGAGUCCAAUCUUGCCCUAACAUGUAAAUCUCUCUUUAUAUAUAUAUAUAUAUAUAUAUAUCGGUCUACUCUUUGCUCUCCUGGAAAUGAAUGAGGAGAAUGUGGCUGUUGGAGGACUUUCUGCGGAACAAAGGGCUCGAAUUUCACAGAAGUUCAGAGCUGCAAAGGCCCUUCUUGCACGCAAGAGACCUCGCGAAAUCGUCAAUACUUCACGUCAAUCUCCUCAAAAAAAUGGAGAGGCCGACAGGGUUGAAGCUCUGGAUCAGAUCUCUGGUACAAAAAGGAUUCCUCUUUCAGAGAUACCGAUGAAUACACCUCUAACUUCUGUUAAGGCGUUGAAGAUAAUAGAUGGUGAACGUAACAAUAGAUUGUGUUCUGGAGGCACGUGUGCCGAUAAGUUCGAUGUUAGUUUUCCUGCCCGGACAAUGGAGGUGGCUAUGCAGAAAGGGACAGCUCUAAAUUCAUUUAGAACUCCAAUGAAGCAAUUAGAGUGUAGCGGCAAUUCAUGCUCCUAUGGCAUAUCUGCUAAUAGGACAGAACCAAUUGAUGGUAGUUUGAGUGAAAGGGAUAUGGGUGUUCCCAUGGAGGAAAAGUUUCAGUCUAAUUAUUGCAUCACUCCAAUGAGAUUGGUGGAUAAUUAUAGUUUAAAUGAGUCUUUCACACCUUGCAGUGGGUUGGAUGAGGAUAUUGAUGAGUCCAUCUUCAAAGCAAUUGAUGAUCUAUGCGAGCAGAAGUCAAUGGUGAAAUCUGAGAGUGACGGGUAUACCAGUAACUCUUCAAUUGUCAGUCAAUCUGUUGCAAAGAGUAGUUGUAAGGAUAUCGCCGAGAAGGAUUCUGAUUUUUUGUUGGAGUUAUUAAAAACUGAUUGCAAUUUGGAUUCAAGUGAUGAUCAAGAAUGUGGAGCAGCAGGAUCAAGAACAUCAGAGGUUAGCCAAAGUGGGAGCAUGCCUGAGGAGUAUGCAACUUAUAUGAAGUCUCUAAAUGACAGGCAGCGGGAAGCAGCUUGUUGUGACAUUUCAGUCCCUUUAAUGAUUGUUGCUGGACCAGGAAGUGGAAAGACUUCUACGAUGGUUGGACGCAUUUUGAUGCUGCUCAAUGAGGGCAUUGGUCCAUCCCACAUUCUGGCCAUGACUUUCACCACAGCGGCUGCUGCUGAAAUGAGAGAUCGAAUUGGAGCGGUGGCUGGGAAAGCAACUGCAAAAGAGCUUACAAUUAGCACGUUCCACUCAUUUUCCUUGCAACUCUGUCGUUCACAUGCCGAGAAGUUAGAUCGUACACCGGAAUUCUUGAUAUAUGGGAAUGGGCAACAAAGAAGAGCAAUCAUUGAGGCUGUACGACUAUUUGAAAAUGGAAAAAACAUGCAAAUUCAUGAUGCUUCCAAACUUGGUGAAGAGUCUAUUGCCAUAAACUCUCCACAAUAUUUCAAAGAAAAGUCAAAGAAGUGGCAGAAGUUUGUAACUCGGGCUAAAGCUUCUGGAAAGACUCUACAAGAUUGUCAUGAAACGGGUGAUAAAACAGGAGAUACAAUUCUUCAGCACUAUAACGACAUAUUAAGAUCUUGUAAUGCUUUGGAUUACCAUGAUCUAAUCAGCUGUUCAGUGAAGCUGCUUACUGAUUUUCCUGGAGUUUAUAAGGAGUGCCAGGAGUUGUGGAAAGCAAUCGUGAUAGAUGAGUUUCAAGACACAAGUGCCAUGCAAUAUGGUCUGCUGCGGAUUCUUGCAUCUCAUAAACGCAUAACUAUUGUUGGUGAUGAAGAUCAGUCAAUUUUCAGUUUCAAUGGUGCUGACAUUUCUGGGUUUGAUUCAUUUCGUAAAGAUUUCUCUGACCACAAGGAGAUUCGACUGAAUAAAAACUAUCGGUCCACCCGUUGUAUCGUUGAAGCCGCAUCAUCUCUUAUACAAAAUAAUUUAAGGCGUUGCCAGCGGAAGAGUGUUCUCACUGAUAAUUCUUGCGGAUCUAAGAUAAUUGUCAAGGAAUGUUAUAAUCAGGAUGCACAGUGUGGAUUUGUCGUGGAUAAGAUUUUAGAAUUUACUUCUGAGGGUUCAUCUGCCAAGUGCUCUUUUGGCAAUAUUGCUGUUCUUUACCGGAGGCAGGUAUCUGGGAAAGUGUUCCAAACAGCCUUCCGUGAUAGGAAAAUACCAUUCAACAUUCAUGGUGUGGCCUUCUAUAGGAAAAAGGUAGUCAGAGCCAUUGUUUCCAUGCUUAGAACAACAUUGCCCCAUUGUGAUGAUGGACCAUUUCGUCAAGUAUUCAAGGCUUUACUACCCUUUGAAAAAGAGGAAAAGAAGAAGGUAAUUGAACAUAUUGAUAAAAUUUCGACUAUACGGAAAUGCAGCUAUAUAUCAGCUGCACAGGACAUUUUCAGUGCAAAGGUCUCUGGUACCUUUAAGAGGAGCCAACUUACUCAAGGACGCAAGGUGUUGUCUACACUAGACAUGAUAUCAAAACUUGUUCGCAGGGAACAAUCAAUUUCAGCUGUCAUAACUUCUGUGGCGAACAUGAUACCUCAGAAAUACCUUCUUGAACAACGGGCAGUUCUUGAUGCUGAUGGUGGGAAACUGCUAAACGAAGACAAUGACGUCAGACCUGUCCUCGAGUAUCUGUUGGACGAUGUCUCUGACUUUUUAUCAACACAGUAUAUUGCGAUAGAAGUAGAGAGCGCUCUUAUAGCAGAAGAUACUGGUUGUCUUAAUAUGCUUAAAGCUUUUAUUGAUUAUAUUUCUGGACGGGAGAGAGAAAAUUUUCUUUCGAGGAGGCAUGACAAUAAAGAUUCUGUCACCCUUACCACCAUUCAUCAGUCGAAAGGCUUAGAAUGGGACACUGUUUUCAUAGUGAAGGCGAAUGAAUCUGAGAUUCCCUUGUUGCAUGAAUUCAAUGGUGUAACUAAGGACAAUAAUACCUUGAUUGAGGAGGAGCGUCGCUUAUUAUAUGUUGCAAUGACUCGUGCUCGGAAGAAACUGUACAUUCUUUAUGUUCUUAUGGAUUCGAGUUGGCAGAUGCUCCAACCUUCACGCUUUCUAAAAGAAAUCCCGGAUCACCUUCGAGAGGGCCAGGAUGAUCUAGGUUUAAAAGAUUUGCAAACAAAGCACCAACAAAUUCCAAAUGGAACUGCCAAGUCUACUGGUUGUCUAUCAAGGGAAAUGGAAUCUUCUAAAGCAGACUCAGUACCAUAUGAGUCUGUCAAAAAUCAAUAUGAUGAAGCCUCCAAAGAGACAAUGGAAUCAAUGGAGUCAUGUAAUGGGAAUAAUUUCUUAAGAAGAUUCAGUGUCGAGGACCGAGCAUGUGUUUCCCAUUUGUUCCAUCAAUGGGCCAAGAAGCCAGCAUUUCAAGACCCUAAGAGGUUAAUUGACAAGGUUGCCUUUGUAAUUGAUGAACGGCUGAGAGUCAAGAAAAGCACACACAAGGAUGUUUUGCGCGCAUUGAAGUCCUGUUUGAGGUGUGAUGAAGCAUUUCACUAUGCAGAAUAUGUCCUGAGGUGGGAGCAAAUUCCUGCUGAUAAACGAGCUCAUUUGAUGAAGGAGAAACAGGAACACUUCCAGAAAUUAAGGGUUGAGAAGGCAAUGGGUUCAUCGGCACCUACCUCUAAACAGAUUGCAUAUCUGCAGAGCUUGGGAUGCACUGUGGUUCCUACGUCGCGCCUCCAUGCCUCUCACUUGAUUGAGCAAUACAAAUCAGUAUGACGUACUAGAAAAACAUUUGAAACCCUAUGGGACAUUCAUUGCAAGAACUGUACAGUUUUUAUUUUCUCUAUAUUACUCCGUAUUAAUUUUAUUCCUUUCCAAUAUCCUAUUUACACAAGUUAGCUUGGAGAAGACGAUUAAGAAGAUGCAAAAAUAUUGAAAUUGCUAAGGGAAUUUAUUAUUUUGUAAAGGAUAAUUCAUCUUGUAGAUUGCCUAAAUGAUAGGGACCUUUCUUCUAGCUUCAAAUAUAACAACUACUUUCCUCUUGUUCAA